AUGGACAAGUCAAGCACCGCCUACACGGAGGCCGAGUUUGACAAGGCAAACACCCGCGAACAUGUCGAAGAGAUAGCAUUGGCACGGGUGACAGAGGAGGAUCUAUGGAAGCUGUCAGAGGAAUCCCUGACCGUUUGGUCAUGGACAGGCGUCCGUCUGGGACUCAUCAUGUUCAUUCACGGCUGCAAUCAGGCUGGCUUCGGAGUGGACUGGGGAGUCAUCAGCGGCAUCAACUCUAUGGGCCCAUGGCAUGACUACUUCGGCUUCGGGACAAGUGGUGGUACUUAUGGCCUGCUGAAUGCUCUGAUGCAGAUCGGGACAGUCUGCGGGUCUCCCUUCAUGGCUCUAUCGGAUGUCAUCGGUCGUCGCGGAAUCAACUUCGCCGGGAAUGCCAUUGUCAUAUUCGCGUCCCUGAUGCAGGGCCUCGCGGUGAAUCUUCCUAUGUUCAUGGCCGGUCGGUUCUUCAUGGGCUUCGGCACGGCAUUGAUGUCCAGCUCGCAGUAUAUUGGUGAGAUCGCGCCCAUUCAUCUGCGCGGUCGCAUGGUCGGUUUCUUCGGUGCUUGCUUCCAGGUCGGUAGUCUUGUUAUGCUCGGCGCUAUGGUCGGGCUCUCAAAUUUACCAGGAAACAACUGCUGGCGUAUCCCUCUCAUCCUCGAGGCUUUGUUCCCGGCUAUUGUCUGUAUUGGAAUAUAUCUUAUCACGCCAGAGUCACCUCGUUACUACGUGUUGAAGGGAAAUCGCCAAAAGGCCAAGGAGAUCAUCGCCAAGUACCACACGACUAGUACCGAUAUCAAUGAGCCUAUUGUCGAGAUUGUCGUCAGACAGAUUGAAGAGUCUCUCGAGAACGACCGGACAGGCUACAGAUCUUUCUGGGACUUCCGGGUCUUCUUUACCAAGGUGGCCCGCUACCGACUCUUUGUUCUGGUUCUGUACUCGCUUUUCCAGCAGUGGAAUGGAGGUGGAAUCAUCACAUACUACUUGGUUCCGUGCCUCGAGCAGUUGAACAUCGAUGGCCCCAAACAGCAACUCGGCAUCAACAUCGGCACCACGGCUGUAUACUUUGUGUUCACGGCCGUUGGCUCACUCUUAGUGGACAAGUUAACCAGGCGGAUCAUGAUUUUCGUAGGCCUCAUCAGUAUGAUCAUCUUCCAGACAGCCACCACCAUUACAUCGUGGCAAUAUUCAUUACAAGCCACCUCGGCCGCGGCCGCACUCACGCUCCUCUGGAUCUUCCUCUAUCAGACCUUCUCGGCGACCUUUGUUGCCACCAUGCAUAAUCUGUACCCGAUCGAGAUUCUGUCACUACCUCUCCGUGCCAAGGGCAUGGGUCUGUACAGUCUCAUCCAAGGCGGCGCAGGAGCAGCGCAGUCUUACGGAAUUGGAGUCGGGAUUGCAAAGGUCGGAUACAAGAUUUGGGUUGUGUACAUUGCGUACAACUCCAUUCAGCUGGCGUUGUCCUACUUCUUCUUCCCCGAGACUGGCGGUCUGGCUCUGGAGGAGAUUAACACGGUGUUUGAAACCCCGGGGAUCCACCCGGUGAAGAUGUCGUUGGAUAUUCAAAAGGCCAAGAAGGCAAGAGCCGAUGCAGCCCGGGAUGAAGAGGCUGAACUAUGA